GGUCUCCAGAAUCCCCGCCCUCGGGGGGUGAGGAGGCGGCAGGGACGUCCCCUCUAUUUCCAUAGCCUCUAGGGACGUGGCGCGGCACCCAGGACACUUCCGACUUGGAGCGAACUUCAAGUCCCGAAGGCGCCAUGGAGCCAGGGGCGUCACUUCCGUUGUGUUGGAGGCUGUGUUCAGCAGUCUGGGAGGCGGGUGUGGCUUGAGAGGCACCGUCAGCCCUUAGCAGGGAAGCCGGGCAGAAGGGGGGCUGGCGGAUAAGUGAGAGAGGCCGGGGGGGGGACUGCGGGGAGCGCCUGGGCUCGGAGAUUGGAGCCGGGUGGAGGGGUAUUCCUGCCCAUCCUUUCUGUGGAGUUCCAAAAUGGAGCUGGCGUUGGACCCUGGUGACCAAGACCUGCUGGGCUUCCUGCUAGAAGAAAGCGGAGAUUGGGGAGUCACAAGCGACGAGGCCUCGGAGUCUCCACUAGACUGGGAGCUGCCGAAUUCCGAGUUACCGAGUGACUGGGAGGUAGAUGAUUUGCUGAGCUCCCUGCUUAGUCCUCCAGCAUCGUUGAACGUUCUCGGCUCCUCCAGCCCUUGUCUUGUUCACCACGAUCACACCUACUCUCUCCCCCAAGAACAUGUCUCCAUCGAUCUGGGUGAGUGUGGUGUAAGUGGAAGUUUGUGGGGAAGGAGAGGUUUCAUGGGACUGGCUAUUCAUACUUUUGCUUUUGCAGAUAGUGUGAGCUAUGAAAAGGAGGUGGUGCAGAUGACUCCACUGCAUAUGGAGGAGCCUGCAGAGCAGGAGAUUGAUAGGCUGAUACUGACAGAUGAAGAAAAGAGAUUAUUGGAGAAGGAGGGGCUUACUCUGCCUGGAACUUUUCCUCUUACUAAGAUUGAAGAACAAGUUCUAAAACGAGUGCGGAGAAAGAUUCGAAACAAAAUGUCUGCUCAAGAGAGCCGCAGAAAGAAGAAGGUGUAUGUGGGGGGUUUAGAGAGCAGGGUCUUGAAAUACACAGCCCAGAAUCUGGAGCUACAGAACAAAGUACAGUUCCUGGAGGAACAGAAUCUGUCCCUCCUAGAUCAGUUGAGGAAACUCCAGGCCAUGGUGACUGAGAUAACAAAUAAAACCAGCAGCAGUAGCACAUGUGCCCUGGUCCUACUGUUCUCCUUCUGCCUCCUGCUUGCACCAGCUAUGUACUCUUCUGACACAAGGGGGAGCCUGCCCACUGAACAUGGAGUGUUGUCCCGCCAGCUUCGUGCCCUCCCCAGUGAGGACCCUCACCAGCUGGAGCUGCCUGCCCUGCAGUCAGAGAUACCAAAGGAUGGCACAAGCCAGUUGCUGUACAACUCAGAUCAUGUGCUCCAGGCCCCUGGCAAUUCUUCCUGUCUGGUGUACUACUUGCCUCAGAUGCUUGACACAGAGCCUCCUUUGCAGUGGCCAUUCCCUGACCUCUUCUCAGAGCCCCCCUGCCUAGGUCCCAUCCUUCCUCUGCAGGCAAAUCUCACAGGAAAGGGGGACAUGGCUCCCCAAGGGUUUGGGGAUCCUCUAUCUGUGUCCAAAUAAGAAGGAACGGGAGACGGCUGGCCUCAGCUCCUGUGCCCUGCUAGGAAGCCCAGAGGCUCAAACACACCACACUCACUGGCUUUCUGGGUCUUUUAUUUAUACCAUUGUGUGUCAAUUACCCCAUGAAUGGACUUGGGGAAAUUAAUUGACCUUGAACAUUUCAUGCAGCAAGGGAAGGGUGAGGGAAGAAAUAAAUUAAGUGAUUCGGA